AUGGCGCGGAUAGGCGAGCUCAAGCCGUGCAAGCCGACCAGCCCCGGCCGCCGGCACCGCGUUGUCAUUGACAAGGCGGGCCUGUGGCGCGGCCGGCCCGAGCCCUCGCUGACGACGCGCAUCGCCGGGCAGCACCAGGCGGGCAGGAACAACACCGGUCAGAUCACGACGCGUCGGCGCUCGGCACCGCACCACCGCCGGCUCUACCGCAUGAUCGACUUCCACCGGCGGCGCGCUGAUCCGGCGGUUGUCGAGCGGCUCGAGUACGACCCCAACCGCUCCGCCUUCAUCGCGCUCAUCCAGUACGCUGCCGACGGGCAGCGGUCGUACAUCCUCGCGCCGCAGGGGCUCUCGCUCGGCGACACGGUCGAGUGCGGCGAGGAGGCGCCCUUCACGCCGGGCAACGCGAUGCCGCUGCGGCUCAUUCCGGAGGGGACGCGGGUGCACAACGUCGAGCUCCACCUCGGCCGUGGCGGCGCGCUCUGCCGCGCCGCAGGCACGUCGGCGCGGCUGCAGUCCAAGGACGAGUCCUACGCGCUGCUCAACCUGCAGUCGGGCGAGGUGCGGCAGGUGCCGGUCGGGUGCACCGCGACGAUCGGCGUCGUGAGCAACGAGCAGCACAAGAACCGCGUGCUCGGCAAGGCGGGCGCCGCUGCGUGGGUCGGACGCCGCCCGUCGGUGCGCGGCGUGGCGAUGAACCCGGUGGACCACCCGCACGGCGGCGGCGAGGGCAAGACCUCGGGCGGCCGGAAGGGGUCCAUGUCGCCGUGGGGAUGGUACACCAAGGGGCUGCGCACCCGCAACAAGAAGCAGCACUCGAGCAAGCUCAUCGUGCGGAGGCGCAACCACGAGAAGCUGCACCUGAGCACGAUCAACAAGGGCAGCUGGUAG